AUGGCCUCGUCUACCGUCGCCAAUUCUACAACUAUCCCCACCGCCCCGGCGGCCACCGCCUCGGCCUCACAUCAAUACCGCGCCCCCGGAUCGGCGCAUUCACAUCGAGGCUCAUUAUCCUCAACGGCAGCCCAGCCUCUGGCCACAUCCUCGAACAGCAACUUGAAUGCUGCCAACAACGACCCAAAAAUGUCGCAGCAGUCACAACCUUCUUCCCAGCAGUCCUUUGCCAUGAGCCAACCCUCUGGAUCGCAAGGGUUCCGCCCUUUCUCUGAUCCUCAGUCGCGACCAAAUCCUCACAAUGCUAGCCAAAUCUACUCGGCUAGCUACUCCAGCGUCGAGGUCUACGAAAUGGAAGUGAAUGGGAUAGCAGUCAUGCGCCGCAGAAGGGAUAGUUGGCUCAAUGCGACCCAGAUUCUCAAGGUUGCCGGUGUCGACAAGGGCAAGCGAACCAAGAUUCUGGAAAAGGAGAUUCAGACAGGUGAGCACGAAAAGGUUCAGGGUGGAUACGGCAAGUAUCAAGGAACUUGGAUCAGGUUUGAGAGGGGUGUCCAGGUUUGCAGGCAGUACGGCGUCGAAGAUAUCCUCCGACCCCUUUUGACCUAUGAUAUGGGCCAGGACGGUGGUGUUGCCGGCAGUGGUGAUCUCAAUACUCCGACAAAAGAACAGGCUUUGGCAGCCGCAAGGAAGCGCAUGUAUAGCGGCAUGGGCAACGAGGUUCGUACCAAUGGGUCCUCGGGCACCUUUUUCAGCAAUAUUUCGACCAUGGCAUCAACUGCAGUCGCUGCCAUCGGUAAAGCUCGAUUCGAUUCGCCAGGCCCACGAGGCCGCAAUGGUCCUACAAGACCCCCGAGCUUUAGUCGCCAAUCGUCAAUGCAAAAUCCAGAUGAAUUGCCGACCAACUCUCAGCAGAGCUUCACCUCCGAAUACGGAAACCAGGUCGACUCGGCAUACUCGACGCAAAAUACACAAAUUUUCGAAGAGCCGCCGCGGAAAAAACAGCGGGUCGUAACACCCAAUGAGAGUUUUGGCUAUACAUCGCAGUCGAUGGAGAUAUAUGCCAACAACUUCCCAGGCUCUCCCACCGAACCCAACGAAUCUUUUAUUUAUAGCCAAGCUGGUGUCAAUGUGGCUGGGGCUGAGGAUGGUGUACCUCUUGCUCCCCUGCCAUAUGAAAUGUCUCCAGAGGCCGAACAACGACGGAACCUCGUCAUGGGCUUGUUCAUGGACUCUACCACGAAGGACUUUGCCAACAACGGCGCACUUCAGACACUAAGCCCCCAAGAGCUGGAUUCUCCGAUCGACACCUCCAGCCAUACUGCGCUCCAUUGGGCUGCCACUUUGUCACGCAUCCCACUGCUUCGCGCCCUCAUAACAGCUGGCGCCAAUCCUUUCCGUGUCAAUGGACUUGGUGAGACUGCACUCAUGAGAGCCUGCAGUGUUACCAACAAUUCAGACCAGAGCUCUUUUCCAGAGCUGCUUGAUGCAUUAGGCAGCACGAUUGAGGUGCGUGACAAGAAGGGUAGGACUGUUUUGCAUCACAUUGCCGUGGCCAGUGCAGUAAAAGGUCGCAGCCAGUCGAGCAAAUAUUAUCUCGAGAGUCUCCUCGAAUGGGUUGUUCGACAGGGCAGUGCACCAAGCAGUCAGUCCACCAACAGCAGUGGACCGAAGAUCAAUUUGGGCAGAUUCAUGAGCGAAAUUGUGAACGCCCAAGACAACUCUGGUGACACCGCGCUCAACCUUGCGUCACGGAUAAGCAAUCGAAGCAUUAUUUCCCAAUUGAUGGAGGUUGGAGCGGAUCCAAGCAUUCCCAAUAAUUCCGGCCUUGCUCCUGUUGAUUUCGGUAUCAAAGGGAAUGGAGGCGAAGCCGGUUCCAACGGCGAGGUUUCUGAUGGAAACAACACCGUGGACGAGAGCCAAAAGACCCGCGAGAGCAGUGAUGAUAUCAUCUUGUCGAUAACCACCAUGUUGACAGAUACUGCAACAAGCUUUCAUUCUGAGAUGAAGAAAAAGCAAGCAGAUCUUGACUCACUCCAUGCAUCCUUGAGAACAACGUCGCAACAAUUGGGGGAUGCAAAGAAGGAUUUGGAUGAAUUGCAAGAAAAGGCACAAAAUCAGAACCUGACUCGCCAGAAGAUCUACAACUUGAAUCGCGGUCGAGAGGAAGAGCAGAAUCGCCUACAGCAAAUUGAGCAGAGCCACGGCGCUUCAGAACCUGGGGCCAGCGCUUGGGAGGCCGAGCUGGCGACGUCGACGCCAAUCAACGUUGAGACCCUGCCAAGCACAGCUGUUCUUCGUGCAAGGCUACAGGCCUUGCGAUCAAGAACCGAGGUCUCUCGGAAGACUGUUGGAUCCUUGAAGGGAAGAAGCAAAGACAUUGAAAACAAAUAUAGGAGGGUGGUUGCUCUUUGCUCGGGUGUCCCCGAGUCGGAUGUCGAGGCUGUUAUUGACAGCCUUCUGCGAGCCGUCGAAAGCGAGAAGGACGGACUGGAAAUCGGUCGGGUAAGGAGAUUUCUUGGCGGGGUUGACGGUGUUGCAUAA